AGCAAAUGGAGAGCCAAGGGAGUGAACAAGAGAGUCAAGGCAGCCUUCCUCCAAAAAAUAAUGCAAUUGACUUCUUUAAAUUUACAACUCAUGAUAUGGACAAGGAUAGCUUCUUGCCUGCCAAACCUCGUCCAUCACAUAAGCUGAUGAACGAGGAAGGUGAAAUUUAUGACAUCCGAUUAGGAAGUAACAGGAGCAGAAGGAAGAAUUCAUCUAAUCUACAAAAAGACAAAAGAGCAUAUUUCCGAUCCAAAUAUUACAGAAAAACGCUAAAGUCACUUUCAAAUGGAGUUGAAUACUCAUCUCCUUGGGAGAAGAACCCUCAAAAGCAUUCUAAUUUCUACUGAAAGUUGGUUCAGCUAAACGAGAGAAUAAUAGUAUACAAGAAACUCUUCAUGGAGACAAAACCAUCUUUCUUGAAGAAUAUUACCAUUCCAGAGUCUAUUAGUGAGAAAUAAGCCUACCAUGAGCCAGUGCAAGAAAAGCAGCUGUGGAACAAGACAGUCUAGACGAAAGCGCAAAUCUAUUCUGAAAAGCCAUAAGUCAAUCAUCGGGUCCUCACGGUCAAAUACAGCAAAAUACCUCCAUGAAAACAAAGAAAAGUACGCAAUUAACGUCUCAAAGUUUGUAAUAGACAACUCAAUCGCAAGGUGAAAAGCAUCUUACUCGGGUCUAACCUCAAACCUCAAGUAUAAACCGAAUGCCAAGCUAACCAGACCAAAUACACAAUUGGAGCAUGCUAAAGCUUCGAGAAUUAUUGAAGAACAUCCUAGUGAAGAGAUUGGCUACGACUCAAGCAAAUUUGAGACUUCUAUGGACGAUGAUGAUCUCAAGACGCCGAAAAAUAUAGAACUUAAGGUUCCCAAUAACUUUAUCAAACCCAUGAUCGAUUUUAAAGAUACAAGAAAUCUUGAUGAUGCCUCUAUGAAUAAGCCCAGUGUUUCUAGUGUGAAAAGCGAGAAGAAAUUACCUGAUAUUAUUAAUCUCAAACAAAAACCAUUUAGAUUAAAAUAAGAAGCCUGGUCAUCAGCUCAUCAGCAAUGUCUUCAUGUCUGGAGACUAUAAGAAGGCUUUUCGAGGUAAAUACCUCAAAAAGCAUCCUCCUAAAGAUCGGUAUUCCAAGUUCAACUUCAAGAGACAAGACAGAAAAUCAACCACAGCCGAUACCAAGGAUAUUCAGAAUAAAGCUUCUCUCCACCGAUCUCCUGAUAUGAACAGGAUUUUAAGACUUUCCAAGCCAAGGCAUGUUUCAUCUGCUCCAGAUUUAAAGCAGAUUAUGCCUGUCCCAGAACUUCCUAAACCCAAUCCAUUUGAAUUUUCUAAGCUAAGGUCGAUAUAUCUCUCCCUGGCCAAAGUGAAGUAUCCCCGAUAUAUUCUAAAACCUACUCAAAUAAAAACCCAAAGAAAUAACAGUCAGCGGUCAAUCUGAGUUGCCAAAUCACAGCACAAAUGGAAAAGAUAUACUAUGUAGUCUGUCACACUCCAGAUCUAUGAUUUAAACUUAAAAUCCUUAACUCUUAAUGGUAAGAAUAAGGCAACUGUCGUGGCUUCAACCAGUAUGGGCAUACUUCAAGAAUGCCCUUACCUCCAAAUUGGAGUUAUGGCUCUUUAUAAGAUCUCGGCCAGACCUCUUCCAACACCAAUAAAUGUUCAAUGGAUUUUAAGUAAGUUAAGCUAACACAUUUUCGAGAAAAGAACCA